UUUUCUCGAGAGAUGCAGAUGAGAGUCUCAAACCGCGUCGUCGUUCGUUGGUUUCCCAAUGAUUGUUCAGUAGGAUUCGAAUAAACGAUACGAUAGUGAUAUUUCUAAACAGAAAACAGGUUCGAACGUUUUCGACGACGAUUUUGGUUUAUUUUUGUAAACAGGUGCCAAACGGAAAAUGAAGUGUUUGUGGGAAUAAAUCAAGAUACAACCAAAGAAUGGCGACGACAAAAUCGUCUAUGAAAGAAAUACAUUAGAACACGAUACACGAAAAUUCACAUGUCCACACAUAAAACGCAAACAAAAAUAAGGACGAAAAGGAUUUGCGAUAAGAUUGGCAAUGAUAUUCACUCUGCGUCGACCUGUGGGAGGAGAAUUACUGGUGGCAUGGCAAAAGUAUACUGCAAUCGAUGACGAGGAAUUAACCCUGAAGGCUGGAGAUGUUGUUGAACUUAUAGAAACUAAUGAUCCUCAAGCAAAAAAAAAACUCAAAUUGGACCCCGAAUUGGAAGUCGGAUCCACCGAUACCUUGGAUGCAUCUUCAGCUCGACAUAAGCUCUCAGUGAGACCAAGAAGAAAGCAUACUAGCUCUAGAUAUUCCCCAACAAGACUGAAUGUGAACGCAAGGUGGCUUGUAAGAGAAGUAAGUGGAAACCGAAGAGAAGGAUGGGUUCCUUGCCAAGUCCUGCAGACAAUAGACGAUCCAGUUCCAGGAACUGGACUGCCAGGGGAUGCUGCUUUCAGAAGACAAGCUGUUGUGAAAGAACUAGUCGAGACCGAACAGGAGUUCGUCAGGGAUCUGGAUUUCGUUGUACACAACUACCUCUUUCGUAGUGAAUCUAAAAAAGUACCAAAAAUAGUAAGAGACAAUUUCGAAGUGAUAUUUGGAAAUUUGAAAGAAAUAGCUGAAUUUCAUAGAACAGUCCUCAUGGAAGGAGUGAGAUACUAUGAAAAUGAACCACAUUUGUUAGGUAAAGCUUAUUUGAGAUUAGAAAGAGACUUCGAUAAACAUGUCAACUAUUGUAGAGAUGAACCACAAGCACAAAUAUUCCUAGAAAAUUGUACAGAAGCUAGAGAAUAUUUUGAGGGUCUCUCCCAACGACUUGGCGACGAUAAAUCGCUCUCCGAACAUUUGAAACUUCCGAUUCAACGUAUAAACGACUAUCAACUUCUUCUUAAGGAAUUGGUAAGAUAUAGCGCAUGUCUAGGAGAGGACAACACCAAUCUCCAGAAGGCUCUAGAGUUGAUGCUCAGUAUCCCUAGUAGGGCUGAAGACGAUAAAUUUACAUCUAGUAUUGAAGGAUACCGAGGAAGUAUCCAUAAGUUAGGCCGUCUCUUAGGGCAUGAUUGGUUUUCAAUCACUAUUGGUAAUUUGGUGAAAGAGAGAUAUUUAUUUUUGUUCAAAGGACGUAUACUUAUCUGCAAAGUAAGAAGAAUAUCUGACGAUAGGUCAGUUUUUCAACUGAAAGACGUAGUCAAGCUACAUCAGAUAGAAAUUAAGGAUCACCCCGAGAAAGAAUCUAUUUUCGAACUAGUCGAUAAAGCUACACAAAAAUCUGUCCUCCUCACAACACACAGAGAAGGUGUCAAGGAAAAUUGGUUGAAAGAAAUAAGACAAUUUGCUAAAGAUCACGGGACAGAGGAAGAAAGUGGUGAAGUCAGUCCUGACGAAUUUCGAUUAUCUUCUCCAACAACUGAAUCCACAUUAACACCAGAAGUAUCCAAAACAGUAUCAACUGUAUCAAGGACACAAGAAAUCCACCAAACUUCCGUAGAAGAAUCUCGAAAGGUCCACCAAAAAGAAGAAUCAACAAAACCCAUUAAAACAAUAGUUGAAGCACAAAGAGAGGUUGGCGUAACAGAGAGUAAAAAAAAGGUAGAAUUGGUCGAAAAACAAGCCACUCAAAAAUCUACCUAUUCUGAAGUCAAGGUAGAAUUAGAAGCAACUGCCGAAGAGAAACAUGUGCAGAAAAAAUCUAUAAUCGUAAAGAAAUCAGCACAAACCAAGGAAAGUCAAUCAAAGCAGGUUGAGAAAUCUGGUGAGAAAAGGAUCGAAAAUAGUGAAGGUGACAUUUCUCUUUCUGGAAAAAGAGGUAUUGUUGAAGAUUUUGCGCAAUUGAAGGAAGAAAUUUCUGAACAAGAAACCAAAAAGAAGAGGGUCAAAUCUCAGAAGCAGCCUGAGCAACCGACAAGGGAAAAGUCACCAGAACAUCCCCAAAGUCCGUACCCACCUCACGACGAUCACCUCAAGAGAAUAGAAGAGGUUGAGCCGCUCAUCGAAAUCAACAAACCUAGGUUCGUUGAGGAAGUGAUACCCCAUAAUCUACCCCUGUAUAGAGCUCCUUCCGGGAGUGCUUUAGCGAAACUUUGUAGUGUUCAACCAGUGCACGUUAGUGAUCACGUGAUAGCCGAUUAUAGUGUAGGCGUCGAAGUGAAUGUUGAAUACGGAGACGAGAUGAGUCGAAGAUACACAUCGAGCUCCAGCUCGAGAGCAGAAGCUCUAGAGUCAUCCUACAGCAGUCGGCGAUCGUUGACAUCAGACGGAUAUUCCUCAAAAUACAGCUCCGAUUUAUCUAGUAGCAAAUAUGGAACAGCUAGAGAUGGUUCUCUCACUGGAGGAUCCAAAUACGAAGAUAUUUCUAGCAAAUAUUCUUCCAAAUCCAGACUGGAAAGAGAUGAAGGUGAUUCCUUGUCCAGACAUAGCAGACGUUCCUUAGCCGCAGGUGAUGAAGACUAUGGUUUUUCUAGAAGAUCGAUAAAAUCGAAAACAUCUUCCUUGGAUAGAGGUGAUGAUGACAGUUAUAGUUAUUCCAGAAAAAUCAAGAGCUACGGAGAUACUGAAGGUGAUGGGAACAGUUACACUUAUAGCAGAAAGAGUGUGAUUGCUGAAUCAACAGUUGGUGUAAGUGAUGGAAAUUCUUAUACGAAAAAAAGGAUCGUAACAGCCGCUGAAGCUAUAAACGAUGGAGAUUCUAUAUCUAUAAGGAAAGCAACGAGAACUUAUGUGGAAGGAGACGGUUCGGAUGUUUCAUCUGCAAGAUCUAGAAGGGAGAAACUAGCUAUUGACAACAAAAAUGAAGAAGACUAUGUUAGUAAAUAUACAAGACGCUCAACAUCUAUUAGAGACGAAGACGAAGAUGUUUACUCAAAGUACGCCAAGAAGUACUCAAGGACAGAUUCUGUGGAUCGGAAAACAGACUUGGAAGAUGACAUAUACUCGAAAUACUCUAGCAAGUAUUCUAGGAGUACUUCCAGGCAAAAGGAUGACAAAGAGCUUGAAGAAGACGAUUCUUAUUCGAAGUAUACGAAGAGGUAUUCCAGAACUAAUUCAAAGCAAAGCGAUGAUUACUCUUUCUCUAGAAAAGAGGAGAAUGAAGAAGAUGUGUAUGCCAAAUAUUCUCGAAAAUAUUCUAGAAGCGAUUCGAAAAAUAGAGAUGAGGAAUUGGAAUACUCGAGAAAAUAUUCUCGAACGAAGUCUAGGGAAGAAGAUAGCACAGGAGGAAAAUAUUCAAGGCAAUCUUCUAGGAAAAAGAGCAUUGAAAAUAAUGGUGAAGAUGAUGCUUAUAGUAGGUACAAAAAUAAAUAUUUGAGAAGUGAAUCUACAGAAAGUAGUACUGGAAUCAAAAGACAAAUCAGUAGCAGCUCUGAUAAACAGGAAGAUGAGAUAAGAACAGAAACGAAGACUCAGAUCAACGAAAUAUCCAGUGCUUCCAAAACCGAAAUCAACAAAAAUGUGGAAGUUAAAGAAGAAAUCAAAGCUCAACAAAUGAAAGUUGAAUCUUCGUUGGUAUCAGAAAAAGUUUCGAUUCAAGGCUCUACCGAAGUGCAGGAAUCAUCUGUUUCCACAAAACAUACUCAAGAAGCGGAUUCCAUUUCGCUCACUAUGAAGACUACCAAGGAGGAGUCUGGAAAAACAGCUUCAGAAAAAGUGAAUGAACUUGAAGAUGAAGAUGAUGGAAAACCUAGGUUCGUCAAGACCAUGCGAGGAGCGAAUAUUGAGCCAAGCGAAACUGCUCACUUCGAAGUGGCUCUCAACAAAGCGCCAGUAAGUUUCACUUGGUACAAAGACAACAGGCCCAUAAACGGCCAAGAUAAGAUGUCUGGUCGCAUCCAGUUCACUUCUUGUGAAGAAUCUCACGAAUAUAAAUUGAUCAUCAAGCAAGUCAAGCAAGAAGAUUCCGGCUUGUACACAGCUAUUGCUACCAAUGAAAAAAGUAGUGCUUCAUGUUCUGCGCAGUUGAUCGUACAUGAAUUAACACCUGAAGAAAGAGCUGAUAGAAUGAAGAAUGAUCACCCAGAAUUCCUUGUAGCUCUAAAAGAUACAGAGCUUCUGGAGAAUACUUACCUGAGAUUUAUGGUGAAGAUUGCUGGUGAACCAAACCCUGAAAUUGCCUUUUUCAAAGAUGGUCUGAAAAUUCUUGAUAAUACAGAACCCUAUCAAAUCAUACGCGAUCAUUCAGAUGUUGGUUUUUACGAACUUGUCAUUCCCGAGGUCAAGCAAAAGGACGCUGGUGUAUACAAAUGCGUGGCUACAAAUAAAUAUGGAGAAGCUUGUAGUGAGGCUACAGUUGUUGUAACAGAAGAUAAACAAGUUUUUGAAGAUAUGCCAGAAGGAGAGACAUUGCCUCCUGGGGAAAAACCAGAAUUCUUAUGGAAGAAAGAUGGAGAACCUUUCGAGCCUGAAGAACGUUUUAAAGUCCUCAUGGGUGAUGAUGAAGAUUCUCUAGCUCUUGUUUUCCAGCAUGUAAGACCUGAAGAUGUUGGUCUUUAUACUUGUGUAGCUCAAACUUCUAGAGGGCAUAUAAGCUGUAGCGCAGAAUUAACUGUGCAUGGAACAAUCAAUCAAAUAUUCAGAGAACCAGAGAAACCUAAACUAGUGAUCGAGAAGAGAGAUCCUAUUGUAACAGCCGGUGGAUCAGCUAUGCUCGAAUUGCAAGUGAAAGGCUAUCCUAAGCCCAAUGUUAAAUUCACCCACAACAAUAAAACUAUCGAAGCUGGUUCGAAAUAUAAGAUACUUUAUGAAGAUGAAGAGAGCAUCUCUCUGGUCAUCAAAGAUGUUCAAUCUGAAGAUGCUGGUAAAUAUACGAUCGUAGCUGAAAACGAACUGGGCAGUGAUGUUGGAGAAAUGUCACUGACUGUAAAAGCUCCACCGAAAAUAACCAAGAAAAUUGAGAAUACAUCAGUGCAUGCUGAUGAAGUACUCAAAUUGACCAUGACAAUAGAAGGCGUACCCAAGCCAACUGUGAAGUAUUUGAAGAACGGUAAAGAGAUAAAAAAGAGCGAAAGAGUAAAGUUUGUCGAAGAAGGGGAUAAAUACUCGCUUGUUAUACAGAAAACAUCAAUCAAAGAUACAGGUUCAUAUUCGGUAGUCGCUAUGAAUGAGAUGGCCCAAGUUUCCGAGUUCUGGGAGUUAGAUGUUUUCAGCAAACCCAAAAUAAUUCAGGGCUUAGAGAAGAGCAAGAUUGUGUCCCAAGGCGAGAAUGUUGAUUUCGUGAUAAAAUGUGAAUCGAAGCCUAAAGCGGAAGUGAAAUGGUUCAAAGAUGACGUGGAAAUAAAAUCAGAUUCUCAUUAUACCAUAAAAGAGGAAGGGGAUUCCUAUAUUUUGAAAAUUUCAGGUGCUGUUACCACAGAUGCAGCUAAAUACAAAUUCAAGGCUAUGAAUAUCCAUGGAACAGUUGAAGAUGAGGUCAAGGUAGAUGUUAAAAAGGGGCCUAAAAUUACCAAACCUCUGAAUAACAUGACAGUAACAGAGGGCGAUUGUGAUGUUACAUUUGAUGUGAAGCUAGAAGCUUUCCCCAAACCAAAAGUCAAAUGGUACCUGGAUGAGAUGGAACUCACUGAAACAAAAUCAGAAUUCACAAGCAUUGAGUAUGACGAUGGUGUGAAAUUAGUGAUUAAAGAAGUAUCGAGCUCUUUGACUGGCAAAUACACUUGUAAAUUGAGCAACGAAUGUGGAGAAGCGGAGACUAGUGCUAAACUCACUGUGAAUUGUGCCCCACGCAUAAUAAAGCAACUAAAAGACACUACUGUUGAAGAAGGAGCUACACUUCACUUAGAAUUAGAGAUUGAAGCUUGUCCGGCCCCUCAAGUGAAAUGGCUCAGGAAUGGCAGAGAAGUUAAUGCUGACGCAAGGAUCAAAAUAUCGAGGGAUUCAAAAAGAAAUGAAACAUAUAAUCUUGAUGUCAGUCUGAUAAAAUACGAAGAACAAGGGGAAUAUGAAGUAUAUGUAACGAACGAGCUCGGUACAGUUAGCAGUAAGAGCCUGGUUACAGUCCACAAAGUUACACAUACGGACGCUAUCGAAGAAACAGGAGAAGAACCCAAAAAAUUGAAAAUCGAGAUCGUUGAAGACGAUUCGCAAAAAGUUCAAAUACAGGAAGUUAGCGAUGAUGAAGAGAAAGGUCCAGUUAAAAACAAACACAUGACUAUGCAAGAAACUCUCACUGUUACACUAAAUCCACUUGUCGAGGAACCCAAUACUCCUGUGAUAGAAUCUCCAGGAUCUGCAAAUGCUGAAUAUGCCCAAUAUGAUAUUAAAUAUGAUCAAAAUGCUGAACCUGCGGAAGAAACAUUUACACUACCUAAAAAACCAAGAAGAACUUCUUCAGUAACCAUUGAAGAAAUCGAUGUUACCGAAAAUAUACUCAUAGAAGAAAAAGAAGUAGAGGAAGUAAAUCUGCCACAACCAAGGCAUGCAUUAUCUAGUACUAAAGAAGAGGUUUUCAUUGAAGAGUUGAAUGAAAUGAAAACAGAAAUGAAACAAGAGGAGAACAUUGAUGAGAAAGAUAAAAGAAAAAUUGGUAGAAGCAUUUCUGCGCCAGUGGAAAACGUUGAGAAAAAAGAAGUAGCAAACACUCCCUUAACUCCUGUUGGUGAUGAAUUACCGGUGUCAUUGAAGUCCAAAAUUGUAAGAAAGGAAAGCUUGAAAGUUAUGAUACCAGAAAUCCCAGAAGUAGAUAGUGCUGAAGAGAUAUUAAUGACUCCUGGUACACCAUCAAAAGCAGUGAUUAUUGGAUCAGUCGAAUCAAAAAGUGAAGAAUUGGAGAAAAUCCCUGCAAACAAGGAGAGUUCUAAAAUAAUAGAAAUACCGAAAAAACUCAGGGUUGAAACAUCCACGGAAAGUGAAGACAUAGCAGAACACGAUUUAGCAGAUAAGAUAGGAAAAUCAAAAGAAGUUGCUCCAAGUGUCCUCACAACCAACAUGAAAGAUGGUUCUCGUCCAGAAUCUUUGGGCAUCACUUACAUAGUGAGAGGAUUUGCUAAUCCCCCACCUACAGCUAAAUGGAUGCACAACGAUAAAGAAAUAACACCUGAAUCUCAUCUGAGAAUGAAGGUGAGCCAGGAAGGAGAGGAAUUCAAAUUGGAGAUCAAGAAACUCAAGAUGGAGGAUGCUGGAACCUACUCGUGUAUACUAUCCAACAUUUUAGGACAAGCUGCACAGAAUGCAGUGUUGGAGGUGACACCUGAGAAGGAAUUGAGAAGACCUAAGAUAAGCCAAGGACUAGUUGACCAGACAAUAGUGAAGAAACACUCUGUAACCCACAAGAUAGUCGUCAUCGCUGAUCCUAUCCCUGACAUCACCUGGUACUUCAAUGGGGAACAGAUGAAUAUCGAUGAUUAUGAAAAACACAAUAUUAUCCUUGAAACUGAGGAUCAUGAGAUACAAGAUGGACUGAAAGAAUGUACAUUUUCAUUGACUAUUCCCAGAUGUGAAAGAUCCAACCAAGGAAAUUACAGAGUAAAAGCCAAGAACGUAUGGUCUGAGGCCGAGAGCAGCGCAGAACUGACCAUAAUCCUUCGUCCAGAAAUCGAGGGUCCAGAUGACGUUUCCGUGGUUCCAGGAGAAGCCACACAAUUCAAGGUUGUAAUACAGUCCAACCCAGUUCCUGAAGUUACCUGGUCGAAGGAUGAUCAUAUUAUAGAAGCCAGUGACCUUGUGGAGAUCGUUGAAGAUGUAGCUAAUGAAACUUACAAGUUGAUCUUCAAGAAGGUACUCCUUUCUGAUGGUGGAUACUACAAGGUAACUGCCAAGAAUAAACUUGGAGAGACCACGUCUGAGGCCCGAUUGAAGACGAUAAAAGACACAGAACCAACGACGGAAAAACCAAAGUUCAUCACCGUGUUGCAAGAGGACAAUGUAUCAGACGGAGGAGAAGUGGAACUUAUGGUACGCGCUGAUGGUUUACCCAAACCUGAAAUAAAAUGGUUCUUCAACGCUAAACCCCUGAUUGAGGAUGAAAAUCAUAAGAUAGAAACCCACACAGAAACCCAAGUGACGAGCUGCCUCCGCAUCAAAAACUACAAUAAAGACGACAUUGGUUUUUACAAAGCGAUGGCAGUAAACUGUGUAGGAGAGGUGGAGAGUUCAGCUAAGAUUGCUAUGAUACAGACACCUCCUAACUUCAGUAAAAAGUUGGACCGUACUCAUGAAAUAAAUGAAGGACAAAAUCUUGAACUCAAAGCCAAAGUUUCUGGCAGUCCGAAACCAACUGUGGUCUGGUAUAAAAAUGGCGAACCAAUCACUGAUGAAAGAGUCAAAACUGUACUCCUUCCGGAUGGCACUGCCAAGCUGAAUAUCGAUGAUGUGACACCUGAAGACAGUGGAGCCUAUAAAUUAGUGAUUAAAAACCAGAAUGGGGAUACCUCUUGUUUAUGUGCAGUAGCUGUUCAACCUACUCCCAAGAGGCCCAAGUUCAAGAAAGUAUUCAAAGAUGUUGACCUUGCUACUGGUGAAACCUUACGUUUGGAAGCCCAAGUUAUAGCUUAUCCACCGCCAGAGAUCAAAUGGAUGAAAGACGGUUUACCUAUCAGAGGCUCUUCUGAAGUCCUCAUAGAAAAACAUCCUGAUGGUAGGACGGUCUUGAUCGUUGAUUGUGCUAAGCCGGAUAACGCAGGAACGUAUCAAAUCCUUGUUUCUAAUAGACUUGGGGAAGCAACAGCUGAAGGAAAGGUGACGGUUGAAAAAAGACCUGUUAAACCAGAAUUCUCGAAAAAACUACAAUCUCAAACAGUGGUUGAAGGUUUUCCAGUGAAAUUCGAAGUCAAGGCAGAUGGUUACCCAGAGCCCAGAAUAUCAUGGUUCAGAAACGGAGUUGAAGUCAUUUCCGAUACAAAACAUAUCAAGAUAACUGAUCAUCCCGAAGGUGUGAGCAUUCUUCUACUCGAUGCGGCCGAUCAAGCCAGAGAUGCUCUGACGUACAGAGCGGUAGCUCUCAAUGAAGCAGGAGAGGCUGAAACGUCUGGAAUCCUCACCGUUAAACCGUCCACAAGAAGCGACGAACCCGAGGAAAGACCUUUGUUCUUGCACGGUUUGAGAGAUGUCUUAACGGAUGAAGAUCUGCCAUUAGUAAUUGAAGCAGGUUUCACCGGAAAUCCAAUACCAAGUGUAGAAUGGAUGAAGGAUAAUGUACCAUUGACACCAACUGACAGAAUAUUGAUGACUUGCGAUGGUAGAAAGGUUGGUCUCAAAAUAGAUAAAGCUCUACCAUCAGACUCUGGAAUAUACAGUGUCAAACUCAUAAACCCCUUAGGAAAGGACUCUGCAGAAGGAAAAGCUACAGUCAGAAAAAUUUACCAACCACCAAGCUUCACCCAAAAGUUUGGAGAUCUGCAACAGCUGCCUGAAAGAGACGCCAAGUUCCCAUGCAGAGUAACUGGUGUACCUCAACCAGAAGUAACAUGGACAAAAGACGGUGUCCCGCUUCGUGAGACCAGUAAAUUCCAUAUCAAACGAGACGGUGAUAUGUGCUGCUUGUAUGUUAUCGAUUGUAAGCCUGAAGAUGCUGGAGUUUAUAGAGCAACAGCCACAAACAAAGAAGGUCAAGAUGAAUGUACAGGCACACUUGAGGUGGUGAAAGAAAUAAAAGCUCGACAAAAAAUAGAACCACCAGUGUUCCUCAAACGCAUCGGAGAUACCGAGCUCUUCAAAGGAAUGACGGCGAAAUUCACAGCAUGCGCUUCAGGAAUACCAGAACCUGAGGUUGAAUGGUAUCACGAAGACAAGAAACUAUUCCCAUCCACCCGCAUCAAGAUGGAGACCGACAUGGCCGGCUUGUUGAGACUAACUAUCUCUGGUCUGGAUGUCGAUGAUUUAGGAAAAUAUACCUGCAAAAUCAGCAACGAACAUGGAAGUGACAUAUGUAACGCAGUCCUGAAAUUCGAUGAAAAUGAGAUGAAGAGCAAACGUCCAAUGGUGGACCAAUACAUCGAGUAUGAUAAAUACAAAAGGAGCGGUGCACCAAUGCCUCUGUCCAACCCUCCAAUAGUCUCCCAAAUGACAGACCGUCAUUGCACUCUCUCAUGGAAACCUUCAAUUCCAACCGGACCCAGAUUCCCAGUCACCUACCAACUGGAGAUGUGCGAAUUACCCAAUGGUGACUGGUUCACCGCCAGAACCGGAAUUAGAAGCUGCACCUGCGAGGUUAGGAACUUGGAACCGUUCAGAGACUACAAAUUCAGGGUGAGGGUGGAGAACAAAUAUGGAAUCAGCGAUCCCUCACCUUAUGCCAUCACACACAGGGAGAAACUCGAACCCGAUCUUCCAAAAUGGCGUCCAUAUCUCCCUCCUGAUGUCGAAUUCAAACCAGAUGUUUCUCAUUACUUCCCAAGAGAUUUCGAUAUCGAAAAACCUCCAAUUGAUAACAUGGCCCAGGCCCCCAGAUUUUUGAGGCAGGAACACGACACCCAAUAUGGAGUGAAAGAUCAGAAUUCAAAUCUAUUUUGGUUCGUGUAUGGAUAUCCCAAGCCGAAGGUUUCAUUCUACUUUAACGACGAACUCAUUGAAUCUGGUGGUCGUUUCGAUUAUAGCUACACCAGGAACGGACAAGCUACACUGUUCAUAAACAAGAUGUUAGAGAGAGACGUUGGAUGGUAUGAAGCUGUAGCAAGAAAUGAACAUGGGGAAGCUAGGCAAAGAGUAAAGCUAGAAAUAGCAGAAGUGCCAACAUUUUUGAGGAGGCCUGAAGUUGAAUAUAUCACUCUUAGAGGAAAAGCCAGAUUUGAAGCGAGAAUUGUAGGUGUACCCUAUCCAGAAAUUAAAUGGUAUAAGGAUUGGAAGCCAUUAGCUACCUCCAGCAGAAUUAAGAUUGCCUUCAAUGAACCCGAUACUACAAUCUUAACGAUAUACGAUGUAAUAAUGAAAGACGAAGGUUUAUACUCGGUGAGUGCAAGGAAUGUGGCAGGAUCAACAAGCAGUAGCGCAAUGCUUCAUAUUGAAGAAAACGAUUGGGAGUACAACAUGAGGAAUUACAACAACCCGUCUCCAAUCAAGAUCAGAAAGCGUUUGUAUACCGACCUCUACGAUAUUGGGGAUGAGCUGGGUAGAGGAACUCAAGGUGUUACUUAUCAUGCUGUCGAAAGGUUGAAUGGAAGAACAUAUGGUGCUAAAGUGAUGCACGGACGUGGAGACCUCCGACCAUUUAUGUACAAGGAGUUUGAAAUGAUGAACGAACUUCAUCAUAGAAAACUGAUCGGUCUCAGAGAUGCAUAUGAGACUGAAGAUUCGAUCACCUUGAUUCUUGAAUUGGCCGCUGGAGGUGAAUUGGUAAAAGACUAUCUAUUGAGGCAAGAUUAUUAUACUGAAAGUGACAUUGCCGGAUUCGUCAGACAGAUACUUUCAGGAUUACAUUAUAUGCAUGAGAGAGGCUUUGGCCAUAUGGGUUUGACCCUUGGUGAUCUUCUGAUUUCACAUCCUGGUGGCGAUGACCUGAAAAUCUGCGACUUUGGUCUCACGAGAAGGAUAAACAUGGCUCGAUUGUAUAAUCUCAAAUAUGGAAUGCCAGAAUAUGUGAGUCCAGAGUGCGUCAACGGAGAAGGAGUCAGCUUAGCUCAUGAUAUGUGGAGUUUGGGUAUCAUAACCUACAUUCUUCUUUCCGGACGAUCACCAUUCAGAGGUGCAAACGAUAGAGAAACUUUGACCAAUAUUAAAAGUGGAAAAUGGAUAUUUGAAGAAGAGUGGUGGGUCAAUAUCAGUUCAGAAGCCAGAGAUUUCAUCACCAAGCUGUUGAUAUAUAGAUGGGAAGAAAGAAUGGACGUGUACAAGGCAAUGAAACAUCCUUGGUUGGAGAGAGCUGAUAAGACAUAUUCAGAUGAGUUCAGAAUCAGCUCUAAAUACCUAAGAGACUACUGGUCUUUGUAUAGGGAAUGGUAUGACAAUGCAUCAUGCAGAAGAUGGUACAGACGCAGACCACUCGAAGGAGCUUUCACAGACCCCUCGAAGAUGGUUUAUCCUCCCGGAGAAUCUUAUACUCCAAGGGCGACGCCUCCUCCUCCUCAAGAGAAAGUUCCAAGAUCGCGUACUCCUUGGGAGGAUCAAAUACCUACAAGAUCCCCACUCAACUACGAGAUAGGCAUGAUCAAAUCUGAGAGCCAUUACCAAAAUGGCCCGGACACAUACUUGUUGCAACUCAGAGAUGUGGACUUCCCAGUACGUCUCAGAGAAUACAUGAAAGUAGCUUCAAACAGGGGCCCUGGAAGCUCUUACAUUGUAUCCGAUGAUCGCGGUUAUGAUUGGAGGACCCCAAUCAUCAGAGAAAGACGUCGCUUCACAGAUGUUAUGGAUGAAGAAAUAGACGAUGAAAGAAAAGCUAGAAUUAACCGAUAUGGCACAGCAGAGAGCAGCUACUCCAUAAGAAGACUGAAACAUGAAAUUGGAUCCCGUUUGGAUACGUACGUUGAAGCUGAGGCUUUCAUCGAAAGCAAACAGGAGGGAAGACUACCGUUCUUCAGAGAAAAACCACAGUUUAGUGCGAUGCAAGAAGGAAAAGAUAUGGAACUAACAUGUUUAGCUGUUGGAGAUCCAGCACCUAUCGUGCAGUGGUUCAAGAAUGACGCCAUAUUAGCAGAAUCCCACCGCAUUAAGAUUACCACGGACGAAAUUGGAAGAUCACAUCUCAAGUUCUGCCCAGCCCUAUCCUUCGACCAGGGUAUGUACAAGGUGGUGGCAAGGAACAAAAUAGGUCAAACUGUAGCCAGGUCACGCAUCGUAGUGGGCUUGACACCAGACGAACCCGAUUCUCCAGAAGCCGCCCAAGUAUCCGACUCUGAAAUCCUGCUCACAUGGAAGCAACCAAAGUUCGAUGGAAAUUCCCCAGUUCUAUGUUACAGGUUGGAUUACAAGCUGGCCGACGACAUGGAAUGGACCAAAAAGGCCGAUAACAUCGACCACGAAUUCUACAUGAUGAGGGGCCUGCAGCCAAAUAAAACUUAUUUGUUCCGGUUGGCGGCAAAGAACGCCAUUGGUUGGAGUGACCUUGGUGUGACUUCGGCACCUAUAUCAACAAAAGAUGCAGGAGUACCUUUAAUACAAUUCAGCAAAGCAAUGCAACACUUACAACAGAUAACUGACAGCGGACAAGAGGUUAAAGUUGAAGCAAAAAUAUACCCAGAUUAUGCAAUUGAGGCCAAACCAAUUGAAUGGCAGUACAAAAAUCCUGAAGAAGAAUAUUCAUUCAUUUCUGAAAUAUCAAGGGGAAGGUUUUCGGAAGUUGUCAAGGCUGUAAAUAAGAGUACAGAUCAAAUAGUUGUGGCAAAACUGAUGGACGUCAGCAGGGACCAUUUGCCCGAAGUUGAUGGCGAAUUUGCCGCAUUGAGGUCGUUGAGACACGAGCGUAUAGCAAGCCUGUUGGCAGCAUACAAAACAGAAGAAAACAAACCAGCAGUUUUUAUCUUGGAGAAACUUCAAGGCGCUGAUGUUCUGACUUAUCUUGCUAGCAGACAUGAAUACUCGGAACAAACAGUCACUUUGAUUGUCGGUCAGAUACUGGAUGGCCUUCAAUAUCUUAACUGGAGAGGACUCUGUCACUUGGACUUACAACCUGAUAACAUUGUCAUGUGUAAUAUCAGAUCAAUACAGAUAAAAUUGGUUGAUUUGGGAUCCGCUCAUAGAGUGACCAAGUUGGGCACGAAAGUACCAAUAGUCGGUCAUCUGCAGUACAUGUCCCCUGAAAUUAUGAGUGAAGAGCCAGCUAUUCCUCAAACAGACAUAUGGAGUGUAGGAGUCCUAACUUACGUCAUGCUCUCUGGAAAACUACCCUUCAGCGGCGAGGAUGAAAACGAAACAAGACAAAAUAUCCUGUUCGUCAGAUAUCGUUUUGAGCAUCUGUUCAAAGAAGUUUCUCAGGAGGCCACCAGAUUCCUCAUGCUUUUAUUCAAACGUCAUCCAAACAAACGACCUACCGCUGAAGAAUGUCACGAGAACAGAUGGUUGUUGCCAACAGAUUUUAUGAUCAAGAAACGAGAACGUGCUGUAUUCUUGGGAAAUAGAUUAAAGGAAUACUGUGACGAAUAUCACAAUGAAAAGGCGAUGGAAUCAGAAAAAUUAGUGCAGAAAUUAGGAAGUAAAUUUACGAGGUCAUUCAGUAUUCAGGAAGAACUUAUGACAUCCUGAAACAAAAUUAGUUUUUUUUUGUGAAGUGUAAAUACUGUUAUAUUUUUUCCUGUUAAAAUUCGUUUUUUGUGAAUAUAUGUUUUGUUGAAAUUUUAUUGAUGUAUGAAUAGAAGAUAUAUAAUAACUUCCUAAUAAAUAAUGUUCAAAAAUAA